UAAUCUAUCAGACAGUCCUUUUAAAGCUCUGGCCUUUAAAAGCAGCAGAUGUGUCAUCUCGACUUGGUUCUCCAAAUAUCACUAGGAAAUAUACGCACCGAGAAGGGACGUCUGAGCGCAAAACAUCUCCAAACAACUUCGAUGCAAGAAUCGCCGCUUUACACAGGCCUGCUCACUUACCGAGUGGAGAAAUAUUUGUAGAAGUUGAAGUUUCUUUGGCUUGACUGGCUUGCCGCCGGUUCAACCACAUUUAGAUUUUUUGGAGUCAUCCGAUCUCUUGACAGGGGCGACCAGAAGAAGUCCAGCAGACCCGACGUGUGUGCGCACAGACCGCGCUGGUCUCGCCAUACCCAUCACACCCGGCUCGGCAGACUUCAAAAACAAAUACAAAAAGUGUAAGUAAGCCGUGAGAUGACCCUGUCUGGAGGCAGCGAAAGAGCCAGUGACAUGUCCGGCCAAACUGUGCUCACGGCGGAGGACGUGGAUAUCGACGUGGUGGGCGAGGGAGACGAGGAGGGCAUGGAGAGGGUGGACAGCGACUGCGACAGCCCGGUGGGAGGCAUCCUGCACGACCUCCGAGGAGAAGCAGGCGACGAGGAAGAUGAGAUCGAGGUGGAGAAGGAGGAGAUGAGGUCCGGUGGAGGGAGUCCGUGCUGCGAGAGCUCCGGGGAGGGAGAGACGGGCACCGGAAAGGGAGAGGGUCAAGACCAGAGCGCAACGGGAGGUGGGGUCCAGAAGCCCAAAAACAGCCUGGUAAAGCCGCCUUACUCCUACAUCGCCCUCAUCACCAUGUCCAUCCUCCAGAGCCCGCAGAAAAAGCUCACCCUCAGCGGCAUCUGCGAGUUCAUCAGCAGCCGUUUCCCGUAUUACCGAGAAAAGUUCCCGGCGUGGCAGAACUCCAUUCGCCACAACUUGUCCCUCAACGACUGCUUUGUGAAAAUCCCCCGGGAACCUGGCAACCCCGGCAAGGGCAACUACUGGACCCUGGAUCCCGCUUCGGAGGACAUGUUCGACAACGGCAGCUUCCUCAGGAGGAGGAAAAGGUUCAAGAGAGUUCAGCCGGACAUGCUCAGGGACCAGACCGCUCUAAUGAUGCAAAGUUUCGGUGCGUACAGCCUUGGGGGACCGUACGGGAGGCACUACGGGAUCCACCCGGCUUAUUCCCAUCCGGCGGCUUUGCAGUACCCGUACAUCCCCCCUGUAGGUCCCAUGCUGCCCCCGGGCGUCCCUCUCCUGUCCUCGGCGGAGCUGAACAGAAAAGCGUUUAACUCCCAUCUCAGCCCGAGUCUUCAACUUCAGCUCAACAGCCUGAGCACAGCGUCCAUGAUCAAAUCCGAGCCUUCAAACAGACCGUCUUUUAGUAUAGAGAACAUCAUCGGGGUCUCCAGCGCCUCCUCGGUCUCACCGGGCGCUGCUUUCCUGCGGCCUCCGGUGACCGUUCAGUCGGCCCUGCUGAGCGCGCAGUCCCUCUCUCUGAGCCGGACCUCCGCCGCUAUCGCUCCCAUCCUCAGUGUACCGUCAAAUAUCCUUUCUGGACAUGUUUUACCCUCAGCAGCGGCGGCGGCGGCGGCAGUGUCCAAAUGGCCUUCACAAUGACUUCUAACGAAGAGAAGAUAAACUCUUAUUUUUAUAUAGAGACAUUAUUACGGAGUGUGAAAAGCACAAAUCAAUAGGCAACACUGGACUCUGUAGCCAUGUAAAGACUGUUGAAACUGAGAAAAAAAAAAAGAAAAAGGAGAUAUUUCUGUACAGGUAAUAUUUGUAAAUAUUUGUACAAAAAAUAAUAAUAAUAAUAAUAAUGAUUUUACCAGUCUUUUUUUCCUUGGUUCCUGGUUGAGAUCUGUGAUUAUUAUUUUACAUUUUCUUUUUUGUAUCGGAAGCUCAACUGGACACACUUUUUGCUUCCUUUUCAUACAAGACACAAAAAGCUCUGAAAAAUAGUCUGUUUAUAAAAAUAUGUAUAUAAUUUUAUGUAGCUAUAUUGUGUUAAAACUGUA